AAAGGAGUUAGGGUCGGGAUUUGACUUGGGAAUUUUAGGACGCCACUAUAAAAUGCAAACUUUUCGGUGGUGUCGUUAACAUUCUUUUUCUCUGUCUUGUCUUUAGUUCCGAACUAAAUAAAAACUCAAUCUUUCCUUUUUCUCGUCUUCUUGCUUUUCUCUGUUUCACUCUCCUUCACACUACAGCAACAACAGAAACAGAGCUCUAAACUUUUUUGGCCUUUCUGUCAGAACCCGGUCCCAUCUCUCCACCAACGGACCGGCCCGCUACUCGGUCGAACCAACAGUCAUGACUCCUGAAUAUGACUAUUUGUUCAAGCUAUUGCUAAUCGGAGACUCUGGAGUUGGCAAAUCAUGUCUUCUCCUGAGAUUUGCUGAUGAUUCGUAUCUGGACAGUUACAUAAGCACAAUUGGCGUGGACUUUAAAAUACGCACUGUGGAGCAAGAUGGGAAGACUAUAAAACUUCAAAUUUGGGAUACUGCAGGACAAGAACGGUUCAGGACAAUCACUAGCAGCUACUACCGUGGAGCACAUGGCAUUAUAAUAGUUUAUGAUGUAACUGACCAAGAGAGCUUCAACAACGUUAAACAAUGGUUGAGCGAAAUUGACCGUUAUGCAAGUGAGAAUGUGAACAAGCUUCUGGUUGGAAACAAGUGUGACCUUACUGCUAACAAAGUUGUUUCUUACGAAACAGCCAAGGCAUUUGCAGAUGAACUUGGCAUUCCAUUUAUGGAGACUAGCGCAAAAAAUGCUACUAAUGUUGAGCAGGCUUUUAUGGCAAUGGCAGCUGAUAUUAAGAACCGGAUGGCAAGCCAGCCAGCAUCCAAUAAUGCAAGGCCUGAAAUGGUGCAGAUACGAGGACAACCUGUUAACCAGAAGAGUGGUUGCUGCUCUUCUUAGUUGAUUUUACCUAUUGCCCAGCAGCAUGGAUGAAUGUGAGAAUAACUUUCUAAAUUCUGCUCUCAAGAGAGGAAAACUAUGCUACAAUGUAGAAUGAUAUGUUUAUUUGCCUUUUCAGUUGUUUGUAAGCUGUUCUGAAAUUAUAUUCUUUUGCAGUUUAUUGUUAAUGGCCUGUACAAAUUGGGUUGCUUGAGAGUAGUAAUGUUAAUUUUAUUAUUUGUUUACCAUA